CUAGAUUGUUGUUUCUCAUCUGAGGUUUUCGAAAAGUUCAAUAUAUGUUACAUUAUUGUGGGAUUAGUUGAUUAUGUUUCAAACCAUACAUUGUUCUUCCAAGCAGCAAAACUCUCUCUAUAUGUUACUAGCGAAAAGAAAAUGGAGGCGGCAAGAAUAAGCAGCUUGCUAAAUAUGGUGUUUUCUUGGUCUUUACAAGACGUUCUCAACAAAAAGCUUUACAAAAAUAAGUUAAAGAAGAUACCAGACAUGUUCUCUACCACUACGCAUUACUUGACCUCAUUCCAUUAUCCACUCAUAGAAGAGAUUCGAGCAGAGUUUUCUGCCGGUCUGGAGUCUGUGGCUCAAUCUCCUGCAUGUGAGAUAUCGAACCUUAGACUUUCUAAGAAUUAUAAGCCCCCUAAAAGCUUGUACUAUGAGAUCAUGACGAAUGAGAUAAGAGAUGUUGAGAAUAAGGGUGGACAGUAUGUACUGCAAUCCAGUGAUCUUAUUGCUUUAACGAAUGUAAGGCCUCAAUCGAUGGAAGAUCUGAUCAGACCGCCUGAUAAUAUGUUUCUUUUUGCCUAUGUUGAAACAUCAAAUGAAGAUGAACCCUGGAUUCAGAUACUGUCUUCAAAAGAAUUUGAGCCUAAGCUGAGAAGAAAGAAACAUGACAGACUUUUCGCUACUUUCUUGAUGAACAUGACAACCAGUCUGAGAAUAUGGAGAGCACUAAAUCCUGAUCCUAAAAGCACAAAUAUGGGUCUUAUUCAGAAGGUCCUGCAGUAUGACUCGACUGUGGAUGAGGAUUGUUCUCUUUGCAGCCACGAAGAAUGCCUCAAUGUUGAAGGAUUGAAUGUGAUUGAUCUUGUAGGCUCAUUGGGAUUAGAUGAAUCUCAGCAAAAUGUUGUUGUAAACAGCAUUGCCAUGAGAAAUUGCUCACAUCAGAGUAACAAUGUGAAGCUGAUUUGGGGCCCGCCCGGAACAGGAAAAACCAAGACAGUUGCUUCUUUAUUGUUUGUACUACUUAACUUGAAAUGCAGGACACUAACUUGUGCUCCCACCAACAUAGCAGUGGUUCAAGUGGCUAACAGACUUGUGAAGCUAUUCCUCGAGUCUAAUGGUGACUUUGACACCUAUGGGUUGGGAGACAUAGUCCUCUUUGGGCAUGAAGAAAGAAUGAAAAUAGAUGAUCAUGAUAAGUUAGUGGACGUGUUUCUUGAUAAUCGAAGGAGAGUUCUUGUUGAAUGUCUUGAUCAUCCCUUCUAUGGUUGGAAACCUACUUUUAAGUCCAUGACAUCUUUACUUGAAGAUCCCCAAGCACGGUACAAUGCUUACUUGCAAGAGUUGCAACAGCGUAAAAAGAAAGAUGACGACAAGGGUGAUAAGAAAAGUAAUGAUGAAGUAGCUUCAGAGGGACAAGAAGGGAAGAAUGACAAGGUAGAGAACAAGAAGAAAAACAAACGAAGAGGUAAAAGAAAAGAUGACAAAGCGAAUGAUACAGCAACAAAGAUUGAGGAAUUUAUGACAUUUGAAGAGUUUUUAAAGAAUACUUUCUACUCUUUAACUGAUCGUCUAGUUUAUUGUAUGAAGAGUAUCUAUACUCACCUACCAACAUCAUCCUUACCACUAGAUGUGGCAAAGAAGAUGAUAAGACUUGUUCAUCUUCUUAAGACCAUUUCAAAUGAAAGAAAAAAGGUUUGCCGAUUUCCUGAUCAUGUAAACUUGAUGAUGAAGAGGGAAGAAAUUCUAAGUAUCUCGAGUUACAUUAGUCAUCGGUUCCCUAAACUGAAAUUUAAAGGAAGCCUGCGCGAUUUUUGCUUGUCAAAUGCAAAAUUGAUAUUCUGCACUGCUUCAAGUUCUAUGAAAGUGAGUAAAAAUGUUGAAAUGGUUAUCAUUGAUGAAGCUGCACAACUUAAGGAAUGCGAGUCAACAAUUCCGUUACAAGUUCCUGGCCUUAGGAACACUGUUCUGAUAGGCGAUGAUAGACAGCUUCCGGCUAUGGUUCAGAGUAAGGCUUUGGGAGAUUUGAACUUUGGAAGGAGUUUGUUCCAACGGCUGACAAAGUUAGGGAAAAAGACGCAUCUUCUCAACAUUCAGUACAGGAUGCAUCCUUCCAUAAGCUUAUUUCCAAAUAAGGAGUUUUACAAGAGCAGGAUCAUAGAUUCACCUAAAGUUAAAGAAAGAAGCUAUUUUAGAAGUUUUCUUAAUGAAGACAUGUUUGGAUCCUAUUCUUUCAUAAAUGUGUCGCGAGGAAAGGAGGAUAUUGAAAAAGGUCACAGUCCGAGAAAUAUGGAGGAGGCUGUUGUGGUUGAUCGGAUUGUUGCAAAGCUUUUCAAAGGGCGAGAUUUCACAAAACAGAAGUUGAGUGUGGGAGUAAUAUCACCUUACAAAGGUCAAGUAUGUCUGAUUCAAGAAAAAAUUGGCAAGAAGUAUGCCAAUUAUCAGGAAAACUUUGCUGUCAAUGUUCGUUCUGUUGAUGGAUUUCAAGGUGGUGAAGAGGAUAUUAUAAUAAUCUCAACUGUUCGAUCUAAUAGAAGUGGAUCAGUUGGUUUUCUGUCUAAUCAUCAAAGAACAAACGUAGCUCUAACCAGAGCAAGGUACUGUCUUUGGAUAGUAGGAAAUUGUACUACAUUAACCAGAAGUGGAUCGGUUUGGAAGAAGGUUGUCACUGAUGCCAAAACACGAGGGUGCUUCUAUGAUGCAGAUGAAGACUUUGACCUUACACGAGCUAAACCAGGAGCCUUAGUUAAGACUAGCCAAUCAACCUCUAAACUAGACUUCUUUGGUUCACUAAACCUUGGGAGAGCGAAAUGGAAGGUUUUCUUCGGAAAUUCUUUCAAAGUCUCAAUAACUAGCAUAAGCAGCAACAAACUCCAGAACCAAGUGCAGGAAAUUCUGAAGAAAAUAGCUGAUGGCUGGCGUCAGUCCAACUCUGAGGAAGCAGUAAAGAAUGUUGUGACUCGUGGCAUAGCAUUCGAGUUAUUGGAGCUAUACAAGGUUGAUGAACAAUUAUAUCUCGCUUGGACCAUUGACAUCAUAAAGGAGGAAUCAGAGUAUACUCAAGCUAUCAAAGUUUGGGAUAUUUUACCGGCUUCCAUGAUUCCUAAACUUGCCAAGGAACUUGAUAUUCUGUUUAAGAGAUAUACAUUAGACUUUAUAAAUCGUCGCAAAUAUAAAGCUUUUGAAGGGAACUUGGUGGUGCCAAUGUCAUGGCCACUUCAUUCUGUUCUCAGUGCUGAAAAUUUGUCAGACCAAUUUUCUCUUAUGAACAUAAGGGAUGAUCAAGAAGAAUCGAGUUCCAUAUCACUAAGGAAUAAUUUGAAGGCUAGAAGUGGACUUGACUCUAGUUUAAGAAGGAGAAAGCGAACAGACAAGGCUGCUUGAUGGUUGUAUGGAUGUAUCCGCCGGUAUCUCAUUCAGUGUUCCAACUUAUGCCAACACCUACAUUAUUAUUCAAUACGAGUUUUAAUUUUUACAC